UCUUGAAAUAAUCAAAAUCGAUCUAAUUCUCGUAUUUACGAUAGCAAGGAUUAAAGCUUCUCAUGCUGGUCGUAUCUUUGGACACUUUGGAUAUAAAUUACUAAGCGAAAUGUUUUUUUGUGUUCAGUUUUUGUUUUUUCGUAACUUUAUUUUCUCAAGGAUUUACAAGCGCAAGAUGUUGAGACUGGGCGAUAAUUUACAGUGUCUCAGUCAGUUGAUUGUUUCUUGUUCAGUAUAAAUUGGUGCUCGUGUUUCGUUCUCGGCACUUGGACAAUUUGAGUACUUCUUGCUUGACAUCAAGGUAAGUAACCUUUUGAGAUUUUAUACACACACACACACACAUAUAUAUAUAUAUAUAUAUAUAUAUAUAUAUAUAUAUAUAUAUAUAUAUAUAUAUAUAUAUAUAUAUAUAUAUAUAUAUAUAUAUAUAUAUAUAUAUAUAUAUAUAUAUANAUGUCACAUUAAAUGUCACAUUAAAUGUCACAUUAAAUGUCACAUUAAAUGUCACAUUAAAUGUCACAUUAAAUGUCACAUUAAAUGUCACAUUAAAUGUCACAUUAAAUGUCACAUUAAAUGUCACAUUAAAUGUCACAUUAAAUGUCACAUUAAAUGUCACAUUAAAUGUCACAUUAAAUGUCACAUUAAAUGUCACAUUAAAUGUCACAUUAAAUGUCACAUUAAAUGUCACAUUAAAUGUCACAUUAAAUGUCACAUUAAAUGUCACAUUAAAUGUCACAUUAAAUGUCACAUUAAAUGUCACAUUAAAUGUCACAUUAAAUGUCACAUUAAAUGUCACAUUAAAUGUCACAUUAAAUGUCACAUUAAAUGUCACAUUAAAUGUCACAUUAAAUGUCACAUUAAAUGUCACAUUAAAUGUCACAUUAAAUGUCACAUUAAAUGUCACAUUAAAUGUCACAUUAAAUGUCACAUUAAAUGUCACAUUAAAUGUCACAUUAAAUGUCACAUUAAAUGUCACAUUCUGUGACGCAAAAGAACUGUCUGGGUAGAUUAGAGCGAAUCUAAAUCUACUGAUGUUUGCACUGUGGUGAAGAACUCCAAUAAGCCUAUGUCACACUCUGUGACGCCGUAGAACUUUCUGGGUAUAGUAGUGCGAGUCUACUGAUGUUGUCACUGUGGAGAAGAACUCCAGUCAUCCCAUGCCCAAUGAUUCGCCAUCGAUAUAAACCCUAACUUUACAUGGCAAUAACUAUAAAUAAAAAUCAAUGUUUCAGUUUUCCUGUCCUGACCUAAACUGUUUUGAGAAAAUGUUGCUGCACGUUCUUCUGCUGACCACUGUCCUGUUGGUGGGUCAAGUUUCUUCUCUAGGUAAGUACCACACGGGUGUAUUAUAGCGUACGGGGGACUUCUGACCAAACAGGGCAAUGGUUUGUCUUCAUGGACCUUUUUUUAAAAAAAGAAAUAUAUAUUGUUUUAAUUUGAGAAAAACUCCACCCUUUGGAGAUGACGUUUGUUAUACAGCUUCUAAUAGUGGGUCAUUAAUUUAAAGACAAUAACAAUCUUGAGGGUCCCACGAGUGAUCUAUUAGCAGAUGUUAGGAUCUACAAGUGAUCUAUUGGCAGAUGUUGGGGUCCACGAGUGAUCUAUUAGCAGAUGUUAGGAUCCACCAGUGAUCUAUUAUUAGCAAAUGUGUGUGUUGUUUCAAUAAUCCCCCCCCCCCCCCCCCAAAAUAAAUUUUCUCAAGUUAAUACCACCUUUUUUGUCGUUUUCCAUUACAAAAAAUUUCUAGUUAAAUGAAAAAGUUUUCAUAGCGCAAUAAAGUAUCAAUAUAAAACUAAAAUCAUAUACCUUAAACAGAAAAUGACAUAUUUUGAUACCUAUUUAACUUCACUUAUAGGACAGUAUUUGCCUUUAUUAGUAUGAUGCAAUUUGACUUUAUCAGUAUAAUUAUAUUUGACUUUAUUAGUAUGAUACUAUUUGACUUACACAGUACUAUACUAUUUGACUUAAUUAGUAUGAUCUUCUCGGACUUUAUUCGCAUGAUACGAAUUGACUUGAUUUGUAUGAUUUUAUUUGAUCUAAACAGUAAGAUACUAUUUGACUUUACUAGUAUGAUACUAAUUGAAACUGAAUGCACGGUGGAAAAAAAGUAACACGGAGGAUUUUAAUGAUUGGCCAAUGGGGAGAGAAGGGCAUGUUGGCUCCUUUGGGGGGGGGGGGGGAAGGAAUGCGAUAAUCUGUUCAUUCAAAAUGCGAGCUAUUUCAGUAGAAUUGACAUAGUCACAUUUAAAACAUCAGAAAGAUGGGAAAAAAAAUCACUUUCUUUCUCCUAUGAUGACCACCAAACCUAAAAAUGCCCCCUCCCCCCCCCCAACCUCGCCCUUGAAAGAUGUUUGUUGCGAUUGCAAGUUAAGUGUUCACCUGCUCACAUUCCUCCAUCAGCCAUCACCCAAUAACCCAAAAAAUCCCCCCCCCCCCCCCCCCAACCUCGCCCUUGAAAGAUGUUUGUUGCGAUUGCAAGUUAAGUGUUCACCUGCUCACAUUCCUCCAUCAGCCAUCACCCAAGGCGCCGGCCGGUGUGUGGAGGGAGCAGACUACACCGUGGCCGACGACAGGUGCCGGUGCCGCUCCGGUCUGAAGGGACACGGCACACUCUGCUGCAAGGACUCCGGUAAGUCAUGGCGAGUUGACUUUGUGACUUUUAAAAUAUUUAAAAUAUUUUAAAAUGACUUUAGUGCGUGGGUUUGGGGAACAAUGAUUAUUUUCCUUUGACUCCCGGGUAUAUGAACAUUUGAGUUUUAAAGUUAUCCCAUAUGGAUACAAGAUCGAUGACUCUAUUUUUGAGCAGGUUGUCUAAAGUCGAAAACACCCUUCCCAGACUCAUUAAAAAAAAAAAAAGAACUCAGACAAUUAUUUCUGAGCAAAUGACCAGAUACCGUUGUGGAUAUUUCGGGAACCACUUGUCAAGCUACCCAUUGACCAGAGAAGAGGCCCUAGUUAUUUUGCUAAGCACGUGUUCAUCCAUACACAUGGAGGAGAUGCGUUGUUUUCAAAUAAGUAGUACGAUGAAUACAAAAGAACAUCCAUUUGCUGCUUAAAUAAAAACCAUAUAAUCUGGGCAGAUGUGCAUAGUUUGGUUCAAAAGUAGUGUAGUCUACAUUAAUGUUUAGCUACAUUGACUUGCUUACUGUUACACUUAGCGAUAUAAACUUUAUUACUUCUAUAUUGAGCUAUGUAUACUUUAUAACUGUUAUAUUUAGCUAUAUAAACUUCAUUACUAGGACAUUUAGCUAUGUAGACUUUAUUGCUACUACAUUUAGCUAUACAGACUUUAUUACUGACACAUUUAGCUGUGCAGACUUUUUUUACUGCUACAUUUAGCUAUAUGGACUUUAUUACUGCUUCAGUUAGCUAUGUAGACAUUUAUUAUUGCUACAUUAGCUAUGCAGACAUUCAUUACUGCUACAUUUAGCUAUGUAGACAUUUAUUACUUCUAUAUUAACCUAUUUAGAUUUAAUUACGACUUCAUUUGGCUAUGUAGACUUUAUUACUGCUGCAUUUAGCUAUAUGGACUUUAUUAUUGCCACAUUUAGCUAUAUUAACUUUAAUAUUGCUACAUAUAACUAUACGGAAUUUAUUAUUGCUACAUUUACCUAUAUCGACUUUUUAUUGUUACAUUUUGCUAUGCAGACUAUAUAUCUGCUACAUUUAGCUAUUGCAUGCUUUAUUACUGCGUCACUGGUAUUUGACGGAAGGAUUAAACUAUUACUAAGUGCCACACUCAAUGCUUUACGUCUGGAACUAGUGACGUCAAAACCAGCGAUUACCGCUUGCUAUUUCCAGACCUGGGCGUCUGCUUUCUGAGAGGUGACCCCAUCCUGAACACCGCCCACGACCUGGUGUCCUCCAUCAGCUACCCAUGCUCCGCCAACAUUGCCCUCAUCAAAAGGGAGAUCAAUGGGAAGACGUGUGAAGUACGAGUCAGUUCUGCAGGUCCUUAUGAGAGGUAGCUUCUUGCUUUCUUUACGGGUCAGUUCUGUAGGUCUUUUUCUAUACGGGUCAGUUCUGCAGGCCUUUACGAGAGGUAGUCGAUAUAACAAUCCUUCCCCUUUAUGUUCUUGAAUAUGCUUAACUUCACUUCCUUUGACAUUUUAAUUCUUUAAAAAAAAAUCACUAAUGGAUGAUAAAAUAAAAAAAAAAGCAAGAAAAAAAAACAAAGUAUUGUCUCGUAAGACUUAACAGUGAAUCAACUUUUAGUUUUAAAAAUACAUAGGUAAUUUAUCUACGAUGACGUCGCGAAGUCUUUGAACCAAACCCUCAGACACAAAUAGUUGAUGCCAAGUUGGUUUAACACCGUUUAAGCCGCCAUUAGUGGCGAGUCUCGUCCUUGUCCCUAAACUACAAGCCAUUACAAAAAUAUAAAGUUUUUCUUUCAUACAUUUUUGUUUCCCCUUCUCAUUCCCAGAGAUGGUUACAUCUUCAACGACCGGGUCAGAGUGAGCAUUUCGUAUGGUUCAAUCAAGAGUUCGUUUCAGUUUGUCACCCCCAAGACGUACCUGGAACCAAAGGUCAGACUGCUUGGAAAGCCUACCUGGCCCGGGGAUAUUAAGUGGAAAAGUGGUGGGAGGAGAUAGUUUGUACGAUGUUGCCAGUCAUUUUUCUUUUGGUGAAAAAACAACAACAAAAAAAAAAAACCUUCUGUUGCGAUGAGCCCCCAGACAUAAACGUAUUUUCGUUGCUGCUUUAUAAAUAUAUGUUUUACGAUCGUCUUAGGCGACCCAUGCGUAAGGAUCAUUCGACCCCCAAAAAUGGUCACGACCCACAAGUUGAGAACCGUUGCUGUAAAAGAUCACCGUGUUGUUGUUUGUUUUGACCACCCCUAUCACCCCGGCUUUUAUGUUGGCAGAUUUCCAAUGAAACUCACGAGAUAACGAAGGACUUGGUGCUGGAAAAGCUCAAAAUGUUCAGCCUCAACUUCUCCAUGAGCACCGACGACGCCCACAACAUCUCGAUUCUAAGAGCUUGCGGCGCGGAGGUCAUCUACAGACCACCCAACCACUCGGAGACUAAGCAGGUCAAUUUUUUUUCCUACACCAUGUCACGUCACAUUUUUUACGGUUUGUAGUGUCACAUUGUGCUAAUGGUCACACCUUAUUGGAGACCAAACAGUCACAUUUUUUAGAUUGGUGCAUAGUCCAAGCUCAAAUACUUUGUUUUCUUUAAAAAAAAGAAAAAAAGAUGAGACCUAAAUUUUUAAUAACUUCUUCGAACAGACCCUGGAGCCAGGAAUUUGCGUGAUAUCACCACCUGACACCAUCGGGUCCGACCUGGCUGAAGAUGUGUGCAAUCAAAACCCUGACCUGGUCUACGCUCCUUACGCCAGCAGGGAGGAGAAGAUCCUGGCCUCAAUGAUCAGUGGUUAUGAGAGUGUUGACGACAGGGAUAGAUUUAAGUGAGUAAUGAAUAGUGAAGAGAAAGUUGGAGGUGGAGAAAGAGAAAGAUAGAGAGAGAGAGAGAGAGAGAGAGAGAGAACGAGAGAGAGAGAGUUAAAAAGACGGAGAGUGAGAGAGAGAGAGAGAGAGAGGAAGAAAAAUCGCCAAAAGAGAGAAACGUCGAGCAAGACGAGGGAGAAAUAGAGGCAGAAAGCUAGAGAUGGAGAGAGCUUGGGAUAGAGAUACAAAAGAAAGGUUUGGAGAGAGUGGGCGAGAAACACGUAGAGAAGAAAGAGAGAUACUGGGAGAGAGAUACUGGGAGAGAGAUACAAAGAAAGGGAGAGGGAGUAGACAGGCAGAGGGGAGAGAGAGAGGGAGAGAGAGACAAAUAGAGAGGUCAGAGAGUAGGACAGAGAGGACUAAAAUUUAAGAAAUGUAUAUAAAGAGAUAUGUCAUAAUACCCCCUCCCCCCCUGUUGUUUAUAAUCCGAUUACCUUGCAUUCAGUGAAAUGCUACCUGGCACCCAAAAGGGGGGGGGGGGCGUAGAGUGGCCCCAGUUUGGCAAACCCCGGUUUAAGGGUUGACCUCCUUCACGUCGGGUGCAAGAGUUGGACUUACUAACGAAAGUAAUACAAUUUUUUUUUUUCUUUUAAAAGUUAUUUAUUCCUAUCACCAAACUAAUCGGUCCAUUUUAAGUAGAAUUGAACUUCUGUGUUUGUCAAGUAUUCUCAGCCGUGUGUAAAAGUGAAAAACUAAUUGACCCCCUUCCCCCCCCCCAACUUUUCUGAUCCGCAGCCCACAAUCCUACAACGCAAAUUGUUUGGCCGUGUCCACCACGUUCAAGGACUGUAGUGACAAGGUCAAGGCUUUGUCUGUCUGUGGUCCAAUCCUGUUGAGCACCCCGGUACGCAAAUGUCUGACCAACCACGCCAAUGUGAAGGUCUUCCCCACCUUCUUGGAAUGUCUCAAUGCCACGUGUACAAAUGAUCGGAUCGCGUGAGUAUUGUAGGCAAUGUGGCAAUGUUGUGUGACUGACCCACCUACUUACCGCCACCCCCCCCUCUUUACACACACAUUCUAACUCAGCCUUCUUGGAAUGUCUCAAGGCCUCGUGUAGAACUGACCCGAUCGGGUGAGUACUGUAGGCAAUAUUGUGUGACUGACCCACCUUACUCACAGCCCCCCCCCCCCACCCCACACACACACUGUAACUCAGCCUUCUUGGAAUGUCUCAAGGCCUCGUGUAAAACUGAAACGAUCGGGUGAGUACUCACGCACAGUAGCUCUUCAACGUCCAACAAUUCAAUAUUCCAACUCCCGUAUUCCACGCCGUUGUCCGACACAACCGACAACAAACGAAUGUUGUAGUGUGGGCCCCACUUUAUUUUUCAGACGCCAAACGUCGUUCAGCGAGCUGGUACAAUGUUGCCUUUGGAGGCGAUAGCGAGAAACAACAACGAAUAGGUCUUAGAAGCUUGGUGCAAGUCAUAACGUUGAGUCUGUUUCCGUUGACCGCUGGGACUAUGCCGUACUAGUACACACCAAAGAAUAAUGUGGGGCGGCAAAGUUUUAGGUUUGAGCAGCUAAACUCAGUUUCGUAACAACAAAAGCAAGUUCUUCCUGUUCCAAAUAUCCAGCUACAUUGGCACGAUUGAGAUCUUAAAAGAAACUUAAGUUCUAUAUUUAAAUAUUUUUCACCAGGCCUUCACAAGUCAUAAUCUAAGGCGGGCCGUAAUACUUUAUGUUAAGCUUGUUCGGGCCGAAAGAAAGUAGGGGGGGGGAAGUAAUUAAGAAAAUAACAAUAAUAAUAAAGAAGAUUCCGUUACUUCGCAGGCUGUAAAGUGGGUGCUGGCGGGCCGUAUGAUGAUAGGCCCAUUUUCUAUUAAAUUAGCUGUUGUUCGUGUCUUUAGGGAAAAAAUCUUCAUAUGAAAAAUUGACCCACUUCCCGUCAACCUACCGAGCUGAAACUUGGCCGAUAGAUUCGCUGAUUAUAACAACAUAUUUAGUAAAAAUUUCCCCCCCCCCCCCCACCCCCCCCCCCCCCCAAAUCAAUCAUUCUGCUUUUGAAAGAAAAGAUGAGGGACCUAUUAUGACCCUGAUUUCACGAAAUAAAAUUUCCGAUAACGGCGCUAAAUUAAAUUCGUAAAAAAAAAAUAUCACAAGGUCGUUUGGUGCGUUUUUGUUGAACUUCUGAAAUAACUGGUGAAAUAUAUCUGCUGUUUCAAAGCGGGAGGGACAUUUGAAUAUUAAUGUAAACUUGAAAAAAAUAUGCCUAUAAAUUAUUUACCCGAGGAAGCUUCGUUAUUCGGGGUUUGUUUAUUUUCUAUUUUAAUUUAUUUUAUGUUUAUUUAAUAGUACUGUCGGCUGAAAGAAGGCAUCUAGCCGAAACGUUCGCCUCAUUGUCCUGACUUUUAUUUUCAAGCCUAGGACUCUCUCGUUCAACUAUUCAUUCAACUGACAUUUCACUUUCUUCCAGCUGCGGAGUAGUCCGGAGCAGCCCGGCCUUCGAGCAGUGCCUCCCUCAGGCUCGCAUUUGCUAAAUAGCCCCGUAUCGGCUCACCCGGUGAGCGACGACUCAUCGAAGCACAUGUGACCUUACCUUUGAUUUGUUAGCGUUACAUUGACCGGUUUUAAUCUAUGUAAGCUGCACAAAAAAUAAACUUCUAAAAAAAGAUACGAUUAAAAAAAAAA